GUCAGCACAGGUGGCACAGAUGUGCACAGGUGUGACUAGGUGAGCACAGGUGUGACCAGGCCAGCACAGGUGACAUAGAUGUGCACAGGUGACACAGGUGUGACCAGGUGGCACAGGUGACACAGGUGUGACCAGGUGAGCACAGGUGGCACAGGUGUGACCAGCACAGGUGUGACCAGGUGUGCACAGGUGACACAGGUGUGACCAGGUCAGCACAGGUGACAUAGAUGUGCACAGGUGACACAGGUGUGACCAGGUGGCACAGGUGACACAGGUGUGACCAGCACAGGUGUGACCAGGUCAGCACAGGUGACACAGGUGUGGCCAGGUCAGCACAGGUGACACAGGUGUGACCAGCACAGGUGUGACCAGGUGAGCACAGGUGACACAGGUGAGCUCAGGUGAGCUCAGACGAUCACAGGUGAGCUCAGGUAUUCACAGGAGCACAGGUGAGCUCAGGUGAGCUCAGGUGGCCUCACCUGCGCCCCCAGAUCGGCAUCGACCCCCCGCGGGGGGUGCUGAUGUACGGCCCCCCCGGCUGCGGCAAGACCAUGCUGGCCAAGGCGGUGGCGCACCACACCACAGCCGCCUUCAUCCGCGUGGUGGGCUCGGAGUUCGUGCAGAAGUACCUGGGCGAGGGGCCGCGCAUGGUGCGUGACGUGUUCCGCCUGGCCAAGGAGAACGCGCCCGCCAUCAUCUUCAUCGACGAGAUCGACGCCAUCGCCACCAAGCGCUUCGACGCCCAGACCGGCGCCGACCGUGAGGUUCAGCGGAUCCUCCUGGAGCUGCUGAACCAGAUGGACGGGUUCGACCAGAACGUCAACGUCAAGGUGAUCAUGGCCACCAACCGCGCCGACACGCUGGACCCGGCGCUGCUCCGGCCCGGCCGCCUGGACCGCAAGAUCGAGUUCCCGCUGCCCGACCGGCGCCAGAAGCGCCUCAUCUUCUCCACCAUCACCGGCAAGAUGAACCUGAGCGAGGAGGUGGACCUGGAGGAUUACGUGGCGCGGCCGGACAAGAUCUCGGGGGCCGACAUCAACUCCAUCUGCCAGGAGGGCGGCAUGCUGGCCGUCAGGGAGAACAGGUACAUCGUGCUGGCCAAGGAUUUCGAGAAGGCGUACAAAACCGUCAUCAAGAAGGACGAGCAGGAGCACGAGUUCUACAAGUGACACCUGGGGGACACCUGGGGACACCUGGGCACACCUGGGGGACACCUGGGCACACCUGGGGGACACCUGGGGACACCAGCAGGAGCUGGGGACAGCCCUGGGGACGUUCAAAUAAAGCUGAGACCGAACCGAGA